GAGGGUUGGCGCCAGGCGCGCGCGCUCAGUGGGGGUUACCUGCUCCUCGUUCGCGCUCACCUUCCGGUUCUCUCGAAGGCAAGCGGGCGGGGGGCGAGCGAUGAAGGCCGCUCGGAUCGCCGUACGGAACGCGGUUCCCUUGGCCGCUACCGGGAGCGGCGGCAGCAGCAGCGGCGGUGUGCGCAGGGCAACUUGGGAGGUGGACCAUUUCUCUCGUUACUCUCCGUCGCCUCUGUCCAUGAAGCAAUUCCUGGAUUUCGGGUCAACAAAUGCAUGUGAAAGAACUUCUUUUUCAUUUCUUCGUCAUGAACUUCCUGUGAGGCUAGCAAAUAUUCUGAAAGAAAUUGACCUCCUUCCUGGUCCAUUGUUGGGCACUCCAUCAGUACAGCUGGUAAAAAGCUGGUAUGUCCAAAGCUUGAUGGAGCUAGUAGAGUUUCGUGAGAAAAAAUCAGAUGACCACAAAGUUCUGUCUGAUUUUAUAGAUGCCAUUGUUAAAGUUCGAAACAGACAUCACGAUGUGGUACCGACAAUGGCCCAAGGGGUUCUGGAAUACAGAGAUUCUUCUAAAAUGGACCCAUCCAUCAAUCAAAACAUUCAGUAUUUCUUGGAUCGGUUUUACAUGAACCGGAUAUCCAUCAGGAUGCUAAUAAACCAACACACACUUAUUUUUGAUAACAAUCACAAUGUGGGAAAUCCACGGCACAUUGGAUGCAUUGACCCUUGCUGUGAUGUUGUUGAUCUGGUGCAUGAUGCUUUCCAGAGUGCCCAGAUGCUUUGUGACCAGUACUAUUUUUCUUCUCCAGAAUUAAAGCUAACACAAGUGAAUGGCAAGGAACCUGGAAAACCUAUUUACAUAGUAUAUGUGCCUUCUCAUCUCUUUCACAUGCUAUUUGAACUAUUCAAGAAUGCAAUGAGGGCAACAGUUGAACAUCAGGAAAACAAACCUUCUCUCGAUCCUGUUGAGGUGACAGUUGUACUUGGAAGGGAAGACCUGUCAAUUAAGAUAUCCGAUAGAGGAGGUGGUGUUCCAGUGAGGAAAAUAGAAAGCCUCUUCAGCUACACGUAUUCUACAGCACCAAAGCCUGUGAUGAACAGCAAAAAUUAUACUCCUUUGGCUGGUUUUGGUUAUGGUUUACCAAUUUCUCGCCUGUAUGCUAAAUACUUUCAUGGGGACCUCAAUCUGUGUUCCAUUUCUGGUUAUGGAACAGAUGCUCUUAUCUACCUAAAGGCCCUUUCCAAGGACUCUGUAGAAAAACUUCCUGUUUUCAACAAGUCUGCUCAUAAGCAUUAUCAAACAGCUAUAGAAGCAGAUGACUGGUGCGUUCCAAGUAAAGAACCAAGAAACUUGUCAAGGAAGAGUGCAGCUGCAUGAAGUCUCCUUUUGUGCAGAAAACUUGAAAAGGGGAUCAAACCAAUGUUUCAGUCAGGACUGAUGCAACAAAUAACUUGAAGUGGUGGUUCCUUUUCUAGGGACUUCAGUGAAAGAGAAGAAUUCAUCAUAUGGAAUUGGGAACUAGCACAUAGACUGUACCUAUACUGUACUUGUAUUACAGUAUGUAUAAUGAAGAUUGAUAAAUUAGAAUCAAAUGCAUAGGAAGAUGUGCAUAUUCUUUUAUAAUCUUUUGACAUUUAGAUAAACACUCCAAAGUACUAACAUGUUGAGACUCCUGAGCUGGGUCUUGAUGUGUUUAAAAAUGGUCAUGAUUAAGCUCCAGCAUAAAAUGUGCAGUUUUUCCCCAUCUAAUAAUGAUAUUUAACAAAAUUGUGACUUUAGUUGUAUAGAUCUAACACAAGGAGUGCCUAUUUGAAAGACAGUGAUAAUAAUGUAGCUUGACUGCAGUAAGGUAGUUUGGCUUGAUGAAACGCUGAGACUGUAGUACAGUGGUGAAAGAUGCAUCUUUCUACCCUUACUCCAAGUGGUAAAUGUUACUUGAAUUGCACACACAUAGAGAGAGAGCUGUAUCUGUUUCUAAAUGCUAAAGUUUUUGCUAUUAAUGAAGAAGAGUUUUAAAGGGAUGUUCAAGAAGUUAUGGGGUAUGUGUUGGGAAGACAGAGUUUAUCAGCCAUAUGGCCAGCAGGUAGAGACAGUGAGGGAACAAGAAUAAAAAGAGGAAUUUCAAGAGCAUUAAAAUGCAAGUCAUCUUUGAAUUGGCUGAGCAAGAUAUGAGGGUAUAUGCAACCAGGGAGACUAGUUCUAUGAUUGCAACUAUUCCAGUAUGCUACCAUUCAGUUGUGAAGCUUCCAGGGAACAAGUGCAUCUGGAUUGCAUUUAAUAUGUAAGUCUGGGAGCCACCUGCCCAUUGUUGAGCAUUCAAAGUGUGACUUCCAAAGUGUUUAACUGUUACAAUUACACUGGAGUUGUUUCACAGGGGUCUGACGGUAUAUAGGUUAUAGAAAUUAGUGUGCCUGAAUUCUGAAGAAUUAUAGAAAUCCAUAUAGGGGAAACACAAGAACUCUUGGUUUCCUCCAUAGCAGUGAAGGGUAGAAUAGCACAAGGGCUUCUUUUUGUGAAGAAUCACUGGGAGAAUAUUCCAUUCCAAAUAAUUAGCACUCCUGAAAGACUGGAAGUUUGAGGGCCCAGCUAGUGACAAUCUAGGUCAGUCUGUUUUUAGGUAAUAUGCCAAAGAGUAAAUCCUAGUUCAUUUUAAAAGGAUCACUGUGAAGAUUUCGUGUCUGUGCUUAAGUAUGGCAGCUUCAUUACAGGCACAUCUGCUGAUACCCACUUUUGUAGUGGAUAUUGGGUUGAAUAGGUAAUCCCAGUCAUGUGAGGCUAUUGUAUGUGAUUGGUACACUGUACCAACAAAAGGCUUAGCAGUUAACAUUGCUGGAGUAUUAGAUGUUUUUGUUCCCAAUGUAAAUAGAGUUCAGAUAUAGGAAAUACUGAAGAGUUAAUAUUUUGUGAAGUGCCUAUCUUUAUGAUCUUGAUCAUGAAGUUGAAUGUGCAGUUGACAUGCUAAUAGUAAGAUUGUCAUUGAGUUGCCUGCUAUAUAGCAGAGAUACAAAUGGUGAGGUUGUAAUACAGUGUAAUACAGUGUGUGAAUGCUCAGUAUAAUAUUCCAAUGAUACCAUAGUGAUAACACUGGAUAACAAAUGAGUGUGUUAUCCAAAUCAGCUUAGUAGAAUCACACAUUUAUUUUAGCCUGUAUGUUUUGGUAACUGUGGUAUACCCUGUAUAAUUUGAGCUUGUACAAAAUGUAGCAUCUGUUAAAUGCAGGUUGUUUGGCUGAUGUUCUGAUAGCUUAUGCGGGCCAUCAAUGCAUUGCUUCUAAAAGACAACUGAAGGUGCCAGGUCUCUCAGCCCUUAUCAAAUUAAAGGGAAAUAGGAUUUCUAUAAAAGUUGAGUGAUUGGACUGGAACAAAGAUGAGCCUGCGUUCAAAAACUUGUUUUAAUUUUCUUUUUCAAAAAAUUAGUCUUUCAGUGCUGUUUGAGCUCAGCAUGUAGUCUCAAAAGCUUGUCUGUACAGAUUAUAUAAAAAUGGAUUUCAAUUCUAAUAGACUGAAAUAUUUCUGCUACAGUGUGCCUUCUAGCUCUGAUAUACCUGUGAUAUACUGUAAAUUUUUAAAAUAAAACUUUUAAAAUAA